AUGCCAUUACCACGGAAGAAGAUGAGGAGCACCAGAAUUUCCCGAUUGGUAAAUGAUCAUUUGCACAACUCCCAGAAAAGGCGUGGGGACUCUUCUCUUGUGGUAGAGACUGGAUUCCCGACUUCUCUCAUUGAUCUUUUCAUCAAGAAUCGCGAAAAACUGAAAAACCCAUCCAAGAAAAAGAGAGUUAAGAACCCGGCUAUACCCACUUCUAAUGAUUCGGUGAUGAGUGGAUACUUGCCGACUUCAUGCCCCUCUUUGCAUUGUCCUUCGCCCUAUCAUAGUCCCUCGCCUUUGCCUUUACAUCUGCAGUCGAGGGAUCUAGACGAAAUUGAUGUUGUGGAUGGUGGUGAUGGUGAUUUUGGUGGCAUGGGUGAUGAGAGGGGAAGUGGUGUUAAUAGGGGUGUGGAUGCUAGUCGGGUUUUUGUGGCGGUUGUGAUGAUCUUUACGGCCGUGGCUUUGGCGAUGGGGACGGAGAAAUUAGCGAUGGGGAUCACAAUUUUGGCAUUUUUCUUGUUUUUCCUCGAGUGUUUGGGGAAAUGUGGAUUGCUGAAGCCAUGUUCUGAAGCACAAGAAUGGUUAAGAUUGACGGUACAAAACUUUUGGAGGUUUUUCCCAGAUAGGAAGAAUGCUAAUGUUUUGAGUUAUGAUGUGUUGCUAGACGAGUCUUUUAAGCCCGGUUGCUCGGGUUUGAAGAAGGAUUGUGGGUCGAAUAGUCCAAUUCGAGAAACUCAAAAUGUGGAACCUAAGCGUUUAUGGAUUGCCAUUGCAGAGGAAAUUCAGUGUGAGAAGGAGAUGACAGAGGAUUCUAGCAAUGAUGGGAGAUUGGGACGUAUAGAAUUGGAAUUGAAGAAACUGAUCAUGGAAAAGGAAGAGUCUGUAAGUGAAAGGUUGGAAUUGAAGGAGAGGAAGUCGCGUAGAGCUAAGAUGAAAUCGAAGAUCAAGAAGUUUGUUGCAAAGAAACUAUGGAGAAGAAAGGACCAUAACUCUGAAAGUUAUGAAGUUAAUCCUAUUAGAGAAGAUCACAUUACCAUAUAUGAAGAACAAAACACACACAAAUGUAAGUACACAAUUGAAUCAGAAAUUGCUUCCAAAUUGUCGUCCCUCUCAAGCGGAAGGGAUGGACGGAAAGAUUUUGUUGAUGACAAAUGUGCUUCUGAAACUCUCGCUGGGGAAGUGGCGAGAACAGAAGGUGGACAGGAUUCGAGUUAUUUAGUACUGUGUCUGAUUGUUCUCAUUGGACUUAUUGGAGGUCGGAUAUUUGCACUUAUGCUUGCCUUGUUGUGGUGCCUGCUGUUGAGAUCUGGCAAAAUGCUACAAAGACUCAUAAAGCUACCUAUGAUCAGGUCUUUUUCUGAUCAAUCUAGUUAG